AUGGCUUUUCUGAACCGUAUAUAAAUUGUCUCAUUUUUGGCACGCACCUCUGAGCUUUACCACAGCAUUCUCUGGCUUUACAGUCACGGGUACCCAUCACUAGGCUAUUGAAAUUGGCGUUGUUACGUUGUAACAUCUCAUAUGGCAUCUUUUUUGUCCGACAACUCCACGCCAGUGUUUGGGAUUGGGAUUGCUGUGCUGUCCAGUUUCAUCAAUGGAUCUACAUUUGUGCUUCAGAAAAAGGGAAUUUUACGUGCCCGUGAAAGAGGGGGAUCCUACUUAGCAGAUAUUGUGUGGUGGAUCGGUACUCUUGCAACUGUGGUGGGCCAGAUCGGGAAUUUUGUGGCAUACAAUGCGGCCCCAGCCGUAUUGGUCACCCCUCUUGGAGCCCUUGGAGUGCUUUUUGGGGCCACCCUUGCCUCCUUCGUUCUUCAGGAGCACCUAAACAUCCUGGGGAAACUUGGCUGUGCGCUUUGCUGCUGUGGUUCUGUAGUGCUCAUCAUUCAUUCUCCAAAAUCUGAUAAUAUGACCUCAAGUGCAGAGUUAGAAGAGAGGCUGGUGGAUCCUGUGGUCAUGGUCUACAUCACACUGGUUGCUGUUCUGCUGUUCGUCUUGAUUGGUUGGUUGGCCCCAGCCUAUGGAUCGUCCAACAUCAUGGUGUACGUUGGCAUCUGCUCCCUCUUGGGUACUUUCACAGUACCUUGCUGCAAAGGUCUUGGUCUGGCCGCUCAAGAUGCCUUUGAUGGGAUUUCUGUAGCCAGCAACAGGGCUUUCAUGCUCUUCUUGGGCUUACUAGGCACUCUUAUAGUCAGCAUCCUAAUUCAGUUCACUUUCAUCAACAGAGCCCUUGAAAGAUUUAGCUCUCAUAUGUUUGAGGCCAUCUAUUAUGUGACAUUCACUUCGACAGUGAUUUUGGCGUCUGCCAUUCUCUUUAGAGAGUGGACGUCGGUCAGCAUUGUGGACUGCCUGGGCAUGCUUUGUGGUCUGACCACUGUGUCUAUAGGGGUUGCACUGCUGCGCAUCUCCCAAGAUGCUUUACUCACAUGGAAACAAACGAAAAUGUUGAAAAAAGUUGAGUGAUACAGCUUUCAUAGUCACUGAAUUUGUUCUUGAUAUAGUUUAACUGUAACGUUGAGUCCCAGGUAUUUGAGAAAACCUGUGCCAUAAUCUUUUAAAUAUUUAAACGUACAAAGUAAUUUGGUUGAUUAUAAUACAUAAACAACUGCAAGUAAGCACAGGCCUAUUUCAAUGCAUAUCAGAGUGUGCUGCUAUUUUUGGUAUUUUUAUAAUUAUGCUAUGCAUAUACAACAUGUAUUAAUUCAUUAAUACAUAAUCUACUGUGAUUGUACACUGUAAUUCGUCUAUAUUUAAAAAAAAGUUGUCAUUUUA